AUGCUACAUAUAUAUACCAAGAAGCCCCCUUUGAAACUACGCAAGGUAAGGAUGAGGAAUCAUGGCAUGAGUUUAGCCUGACAAUGCACUGUAUAGAGUGUACAGUGGUGCCUCGCAAGACGAAAUUAAUUCGUUCCGCGAGUUUUUUCGUCUAGCGAAUUUUUCGUCUUGCGAAGCACGAAAUCCCAUAGGAAUGCAUUGAAAUCCAAUUAAUGCGUUCCUAUGGUCAAAAAAAGUCCAAACAAAGCCAAAUUUGGUACAACAAGAGUUUAUUAAGUGCUCUUUAAAGUCACACAUACUGUAAAGAGCAUUUCAAAAACUGAAGGAACAAUAAAUUAAGUUUCUAAACAUGACAGGAAAAACAUUUAAAAAUCAACAAAGUGUACAUUACAUUUUCUAAGACUCUGGGGGACCACUCGAAGAAGGUUCCUCUUCCACUCUUUGCUUCUUGCUUAAGAACCUGUCCAUGGUUUGCUGCUUCAUCCGCCUUUUCAGCACCUCCCUGAAAGGCGACAUGACCGUCAUAUCAAAAGUGUUCGCAAGGUCACGUGCCACGUGCUUGUUAGGGUGGUUCCGCUCUGCAAAAGCCUGCACAUCCUUCCACUUCAUGCAAAUGUCCCUCAGUUCUUUGGAGGACAGCCGUUCCUCAGUUGCUUCCUCCUCUUCCAGCGAGGCCUGCUCCUGCGCAGCCUCUGCCUGCAGUUCGACCAGCUCCUGGGUGGUCAGCUCGUGGUCGUGCUCCUCCACCAGCUCGCUGACGUCCUCCUCUGUGACCUCCAGGCCCAUGGUCCUCCCCAAGGCAACAAUGUCCUGCACCACUGUUGACUCUGGUGCAUCAGAGUCACUUGGUGCCACACAGUCCGGCCACAGGCUGCGCCAAGCGCAAUUCAAAUUUCUCUGGCUGAUCCCUUUCCAGGCCGUGGUGAUCAUCUUCAAGCAGGUGACGAUGUCGAAGUGGUCCUUCCAGAAUUCCCGCAGGGUGAUGGUGGUGCAAUCAGUCACCUCGAAGCAUCGCCUGAAAAGCUCCUUGGUGCAGAGUUUUUAAAUUGGCGAUGACCUGCUGAUCCAUCGGCUGGAGCAGUGGCGUGGUGUUAGGCGGCAGGAACAUGAUGUUGAUGAAGCUGAACUCCUCCAACAAGUCCUCCUCAAGGCCUUUAGGAUGAGCAGGAGCAUUGUCCAUCAGAAGCAAAGCCUUCAGCGGCAGGUCGUUGUCCAGCAGGUACUGUUUGACAGCAGGGCCAAAAGCAAGAUUGACCCAGUCCACAAACAGCACACGUGUGACCCAAGCCUUACUGUUGGAUCGCCACAUGACACUCAGCUGCUCCUUGUCGACCUUGUGUUUCUUGAAGGCCCGUGGGUUCUCCGAGUGGUACACCAGCAGGGGCUUGAUCUUCAGGUCGCCGCUUGCGUUGGCACAGAAGAGCAGGGUCAGACGGUCCUUCAUGGGCUUGUGGCCAGGCAACUUGGCCUCCUCCUGCGUGAUGAAAGUCCUUUUGGGCAUCCUCUUCCAAAACAGCCCGGUCUCGUCGCAGUUGAAGACCUGCUGUGGAACGUAGCCCUCCGUCUUCACAGCCUCCAGGAACUCCAAGGCAAAGUCUUCAGCCGCAGGAACAUCAGAACUGGCAGCCUCUCCAUGCCUGACCACACUGUGGAUUCCAGAUCUCGUCUUGAACCGGUCAAACCAGCCUCUGCUUGCCUUGAAGACUUCUGGCUCGCCUGAGGUUCCUGGCUGUUCCCGGAUGAGGUCUGCGUGCAAGGCCUUGGCCUUCUCACAAAUCACGACCUCAGUCACUGUGUCCCCUGCACGCUGCUUCUCUUCUAACCAGAUGAGGAGCAACUUCUCGACCUCCUCCAGAACAGCUGGGCGGUUCUUCACGAUCCUGGUGACUCCCUUGGCUGCAUCAGUCGCAAGGAUCUUCUCCCUCAUCUUCAGGAUGGUGCCGAUGGUCGAUGGGUUCCUGCCGUACUCCCUGGCGAGGUCUGUCACACGCAUUCCACCGUCGUGCUUCCGGAUGAUCUCCUUCUUCAUUUCCAGCGUCACCUUCUCCUUCUUCCUCUCGCCGGCCUCUGCAGCAGCAGUCUUCUUGGGUCCCAUGGCAGCACAGCUCCUAGCUUCGUAAACUCAGGAAAAAAAAAUAAUCAGUGCUUCACACCCAAAAAAUUCAAAAGCACCCAGCCACCCACCACACAGGAAUUCAAACCCAGAACCAAGUCCUUGAAUUCCAAACACCCAACUCAAAAUCCAAAACCCCCCAAAAAAGUUAAAAGUUUAACUUACGAAAUGGCUGCAAAUCACCAAAGUCUUCAAAAUCCUCAAAUGGCUGCAAAAGAAGUUUUGGAAAAGCUUUAAAAAUCACCAAAGUCUUCAAAAACCUCAACUGUUCCCCCAGCCACCCACCCACCACACAGAAAUUGCAAACCCCUCCCCAACUGUUGCAAACCCCUCCCCAACUGCUCCCCCAGCCACCCACCACACAGAAAUUCAAACUCAGAAAAUUUUUUGAAAAAAAACAACAUGGCCCAAUGGUCACAGAAAAUCAUAAAAAUGCAGGAAAAAACCACACAAGCUCCCAGAUUCUUGCAAACCCCUCCUCAACUGUUCCCCCAGCCACCCACCACACAGAAAUUCAAACCCAGAAUUUUUUUUAAAAAAAAACAGCAGAGUGCCCCAAUGGUCACAGAAAAUCAUAAAAAUUCAAAAAAACCCACACAAGCUCCCAGAUUCUUGCAAACCUCUCCCCAACACCAAGUCCUUGAAUUCCAAACACCCCAACCCAAAAUCCAAAACCCCCCAAAAAAGUUUUAAAAGUUUAACUUACCAAACGGCUGCAAAAGAAGUUUUGGAAAAGCUUCAAAAAUCAGCAAAGUCCUCAAAAACCUCAGAAAAGGCUACCACACCGUGUGCAAUGUGUUGCUCCUCGAAGUCAAGUCGCAACUGCACCUCUUCAAGCAAUGCACCCUGGGUAUUAACGGUUUUACGAAAAAGGAAACAAACUUGCAAGACGUUUUCGUCUUGCGAAGCAAGCCCAUAGGGAAAUUCGUCUUGCGAAGCAGCUCAAAAAACGGAAAACCCUUUCGUCUAGCGAGUUUUCCGUCUUGCGAGGCAUUCGUCUUGCGGGGCACCACUGUAAGAAGAAGAGUUUGGAUUUGAUAUCCCGCUUUAUCACUACCCUAAGGAGUCUCAAAGCAGCUAACAACCUCCUUUCCCUUCCUCCUCCACAACAAACACUCUGUGAGGUGAGUGGGGCUGAGAGACUUCAAAGAAGUGUGACUGGCCCAAGGUCACCCAGCAGCUGCAUGUGGAGGAGUGGGGAAUCGAACCUGGUUCACCAGAUUACAAGUCCACUGCUCUUAACCACUACACCACACUGGCUCAUAGCUGUCAACUUUCAGAUUUGAAAAUAAGGGAUCAGCAGCUUCACCUGUCCCGAGGACAAUCUACGGGAUAUCUAACAAUCCGGGAUAGCAGUGGGAAUCAGCGCUGGAAUAAGGGAAUUUCCCGCAAAAAAAAGGGAAGGUUGACAGCUAUGCACUGGCUUCACUGGAGGAUAAGGCUAAGAUGCCCUCUAGCAUCCUUAGACUGGUUAGCCAGAUGUCUCUGAGAAGACCAUAAACAGGGCACAAAGACAAAUGCCUCUACUGUUGUUCGUUCCCAGCAUCUGGUAUCCAGAUAUGUAUUGCCUCUGAACACAGGAUCUAUUUUACCCAACAGUUAUUUAUAACAAUUCUGCACCCACAACUGCCUUUAAAGGUAGGAUGUUUAUUUGCAUGUGUCAUUAGUAGGUUUUUCAUGCCACUUCUGCCUUUAUCCUGUAGCUCUGUCCUGGGAAAGGUCCAGAGCUACAAGCCAAUUAUCUGCUUGGACAAGGCAGCAGCCAGCUAGAUCUCUCCUAGCUCCUCAGUCCAGAGAGCAGUUUGCUUUCUCCUUAGGCACAAGACGACAGCACAAUAUGCAGGGUGGGUGAGGUGAGACCCUAGCCCUUCCCACAAACUCAAUCCCAGACUUCAGGUCUUAAUUAGGAAUCAUCAUCAUAUUUUAAAAAACAAAAUAGAAAUGAUUCUUCCUCUCUCUCCUUCCAGCUUACUGAAAAAUAUGGCAAUGUCUUCAGCCUUCAGAUUGGAAGCAUGUGGAUUGUGGUUGUGAAUGGAUUCCAUCUGGUGAAAGAGGCUCUUGUCCAUCAGGGCAAAAACUUUACAGAUCGUCCAAAAGCCCCAGUUGCCAAUGAAAUAUUUAGGUAAUUGAGUGAGGUUUUUUUAAUAUGGGCAAUUAUUUAAAUGAUUACAAUUUCUCAAGUUUAAAUUUUCAAGGCUGAUGAGAUCUUUCCUUCAUUUGUAUUUCUUCAAUCUGGUUUGAAGAGUACAAAUUAGGUAGAUUCUCAUUUAAAUGUAAGCAAAAUUGAAUUUCCCUCAAUCCGUACACACAAUACAAAUUUAUGUACCUGAAAUGUGUCUAUUCCAAAAUCCUAGAAACAAUUUCCAAAGCUGUUCAGUGUUCCCAUUUGCCUGACUGGCAAAAUGAGAUUCACGGUAGCUCUCCACUAACACAGUCUAUUCUCCCUCUUCGCUAGGAAAGUGAGCUUGCCCUGGACAGCAGUUGGCGAGGACCGAGUUUUUCCUUUUCUUUGCUGUCCUGAUUCAGAAGUUUGCUCUCCAGGCUCCAAAGGAUGUGACAUUAAGCCUUCGCUUUAGGCUGGAGUUACGUUGUUGCCGCUGCCGUAAAAGGUGUGUGCAUUCUGUUGCUAUGGUGGGGGAACAUAUUUUAUGCUGUUUUAUUUUAAGUAGGUUUAGCAGGAUUACCUCCUCAGUUUUUGUUCUUAUUGCCCAUUGGUUCCAAUUACCAAUGUCUUUUCAUGAUAACAGUAGUCAGUUGAAAGUGACCGUGGUUAGUUAGAAACAGACAUGCAGUGCUAGCUUAAGCAUGUCUACCCAAAAGUCCCAGGUAAAUAGGCUUAGGGUGCUGCUUAGUCCAAUAAGACUUUAAAGCUGCUCUUCUCCGAAGCAGCAAAUUGUGGAAGUAAAAGACUCUUUACUUAGCCAUGCUAGAUGUUUAGAAUCAUGGAAUUGGAGUGUUGGAAGGGCUCCCAUGGGUCCAACCCCCUGCAACGCAGGAAUCAAACUUGUAGUGCAUUGAGGAUGAUCCAAGGAGAUGGGAGGCAAGCACUACAGGCUAAGCAAAAUACACACAAACACUGUAAUUUAUCAGUGCUGACAUAUUUAUUAUACAAUUUGUUCGGCGCAAACUCUUGCACCGUUUAAAAUAAGCAUUGCGUGCUGAGGUCUCCAAAACACCCCUACCCCAAUAACUCACACAUCACACAUAAUUUUUGUUUAAGGUUUUUGGCAUAAUUUUGGCCACAACUUUAUUAAAAUACAAAUUGUGAGUGGUUGCUUAGGCAUUGGUUAUGACUAGCUGUCCCCCCCCGCCUUGGGGGACAGCACUGACUCCCGGAUUCCAGCGAGAGCCAGUGUGGAGGAACAAGAUCAGGGAUAACUGGAGCUGCGACACAGACCCUCAGCUUCUCCCCGCAUGCUCCCAGGAGCUUACGCGGCCCGCACCCGAUUCCAGGGGUUUGGACGAGAGGAUGGUAAGCCCCUGAAUUCCUUUAACGGAAUUCCCGUGCAGCAGCAGCAUUGGAGGGGCAGGCACAGCCAAUCCAUAGCCCUCCACCAACCAAUUUAAACCAAUGCCUAACCGCCACAGAGCCUUAGCUCACUGCCAAACCACUCACAAAUGCAACCCUUCCUUCAAUCCCAAAGCAACCGUAGCCAACCAGGUGUCGUUCCCUAUAGGGGAAAGAUGCAUCCUAAAAGGGGCAGCAGCCUUGAAGGUAAUCACAGGGUGCAAAAUCACGGAACCACCUGAAGCAAGGACCUAUUUUAUUUUACUUUAUUAUUUAUUAUUUUUUUUAUUUUAUUUUAUUUUCCACCACCUUAUUAACAUGCUUUCUGGCCUCCUCGGUGGUAGUUUGUUUAGGCAUUGGUUCCCAACUAGCUGCACCUGACCUCAGCAGGGCAGCACUGACGACUGGGCCCCACCAUAUCGCCAGUACCAGUAAACAGCGUGGGGGGCAUGAAUUUGCCCACAACUUUAUUCAAAUACACACAAGUGAGUGGUUGCUUCCUUCAAUCCCAAAGCAACCGUAGCCAACAAGGUGUCGUUCCCUAUGGGGGAAAGAUGUACCCCAUCAGCCCUAAAGAGGGCAGCAGCCUUGAAGGUAAUCACAGGGUGCAAAAUCACGGAACCACCUAAAGCAAGGACCUAUUUUAUUUUACUUUAUUAUUUUUUGUUUUGUUUUAUUUAUUUAUUUUUUAUUUUAUUUUAUUUUAUUUUAUCUUCCACCGCCUUAUUAACAUGCUUUCUGGCCUCCUCGGUGGUAGUUUGUCUAGGCAUUGGUUCUGACUAUCUGCACCUGACCUCAGCAGGGCAGCACUGACGACUGGGCCCCACCAUAUCGUCAGUACAAGCAAACAUCGUGGGGGGAGCAAUGAACCAGGAUCAGACUCAAGCGCACCCCAAAUGCUCCAGGGACCCUUGCGUGGCCCUACCCCUCGAAAGGGGUCGACAAAAGCAUGGCGAAUCCUUGGAUUCCUUUAAUGGAAUAUCUUUGCGCAUUGGAGGGGACAGGUGCUCCAACCCCCCCUCCAGACCAUCUUGAACCAAUGCCUUAAAUUAUUUUGAGUCCAGGGAGAGCUGCCAUCAACUCAAUCCAAGCCCUCUUGCAUGCAGGAAUGCAAACUUAUGCUGGAGGAAGACAGCAAAUCAUUCUCGCCCAGCUGUACCACCAGCACUGCGGGAGGACCUGCACAGGUCACACUCGACCGCACCAAAGGAAGGAUCUCUUCCCAAAGCAUUCCCCAUCUGGACAGCCAGUAUAUGUUCACAUGGGCAGGAAGACUGAGAUGGCGCCCCAGUCCAGACUCGUCAGCGCGCUUGCCAGCCCAGUGUACAAUGCUGUGGCCCAAAUGUGCACAGCUGCUCCUAUGAAAAAAGGAAAUAACAGACAAGCAUCAGCACAGACAUCAUUGUGACACUUCCUGAUAUAACCCUUGUCAGCGUCAGACUUCCAAUGACCUGUAUUCAAAAUCCUGUCUACUGACAGGCCCCCAGUGUGCAGCCUUUGCAGCAGCACCUGUUCGGAAGGAAUGAGGCGUGUUCAGCGGUAAGCAAGCCGCAGGCCGUAAUAACUGGUGCACGAGGUAAGCACAUUGAUGCUUGGCUAACGGGAACCCAUUUUCAUGCACUAGGAGCGGGCCAGCCCCCAGGGGAAUGAAAAGCCAAAUAUUCUGUUAUCCAUAACCGGGCAAGGGCCCUCCUCACCUGUGACGGGAAGCCUGAUUGUGGCAAUCCUGCCCACUAAGUCUGUUUUAGAGUUCCCAACUCUAAUGACCAGCUCCAAAGCAGAUAAGGAAAAGUCCUGAAGCAAUAAGCCUCCAGACUCUCAGCCCCGUGCUGGCACCAACAACCAUUUCCCCAACCCUCAGUGCACCAAAAGGCAAUGGAAUACUGAAAGGAGUCUCGCCUUGAUCUUUAACCAGCAGACAAGUUUUAACUUGUUGCAGCUACUGCAUAGGUAAAAAUUGACAGACUUCCUGCCCACUGUCCUAUGAGGUUGGAGCCUAUUCCAACCUUCCAAGGCCCUGCACACUACAUACUUUAUACAAGGGUCUCUGAAAAAUAAAGCUUCAGUAUAACAGACAUUGCAGCGGACUGAAUUCUAAUAGUUAUAACAGCACGCCCAAUCUGCAGCAGGUGGACCAAAUACUGCAGAAUCUGCUCAGAGGAUGGGGGCCAGUUCAUCUGAAUGGCCGAGGACUGCCAGCUUAAGGCUAAGAAAUCCAUCCAGGCCUUCCCAUAAGAGCUAAAAGCAGAAGGGGAAAUGGAAGCUGCUGCUCUCUGUAAUUACUAAUUGUUGUCAAAAUGCCACAGGUGGUCUGGAAAAAUCUGGCAGUAGCUGAGUGUCUGGAGCCCAGGAUCUGAAGCGCUCCAUCUGAAAAUGGGAUAGAGUGUCAGCGACAUCAUUAGAGGAUCCCGUAAUCAGGAGCAGAAAGCACAAUAUUAAACCUUAAGCGGCGCAGCUCGAAAACGUGAGCGGAGGGGCGGAGACUCUGCUGGAGCGUGAGGACUGUUUUGCCAAGACGCUCACCACUACCUGGUUAUCAGGCCAAAAGCAGAUCCGAUGGUCACUGGACUCCUCGGGCCACAUGUGAACUGCUACUACAAUGGGGAAAACUCAAGAAAGUUAGGUCACAUGAUUGCCUCACCACACCGGGCUUGAGGCCAUGGCUUUGCACACCAGCAGCCCUUGAAAUAAUAGCUCAGUGCUGGUGCAUCUGGAUUGCAUGCAGAAGGCACCAGAUUCUAUCUCCAGGUAUGUAGGGAAAUAUCCCUUGCCUGCCAGUGAAAUGCUUGCCUGAAUACAGCUAUUGUGUUCCCAAUCUGUUGUUCCAGUCUGCAGGGAAGUCCAGGGCUGGCAGCCUCAGACCCCUGGGCUGGAUGUGGCUCUCCUGCUUGUUCUGUACCACCCUUGGGCUAUGCCCCUCUCCAGGCGACAUUGCUCACUGGCUGUGCUGUUCAAACUGGAGAGCUUUUGCUUGGUUAGAAUGUGUACUUUAAUUGAGAUCUACUGUAGUGCCUUUUGCUUGCCCGGAGGAUGAAGCAAUGGGUCUGACUUUUGCAGAGCUGGAAUGCAGCCUACUGUGCAAAAGUAACAGAGGUUUCUACGCACCCAUUACUUUGUUCGCUUGCAAGCUACUACAUGCCUCCUGUGUCACUGACCGGGGAGUGGGAAAUUCUGCUCAGGAGCAACAGCAUCACAGCCUUUGUAACAGCAGAUCCUACCCCCACCCCACCCAGCCACAGGGUGGUGAAUAGCUCCACAGUGCUUUCUGUAUUCAAGCCAAGAUUUUUGUCUGUGCUUGCUUACUUGUUCUGUAGAAAGCUAGCAGUUUCAAGAGUUAAGACAUUUUACUGCAAGCAGAUUAUGAGUCAUGGUGACAUUAUAAAGAGGCUUAGCAGCUACAAACAAGUUUCUGGCUACUCAGAAGCUGGCUACAUCACUUCUUCCAGAUGUUGCUUAACCACCCACAUUUUAGGUGGGAGAGUAAGUGUGGAGGGACUGCAUCACACUUGUAGAAACCUAGGCCACAUAGCACUGAUAGAGGUGAGUGCUUGCACAAACAGAGGUUCAGGGACCCAAGAUAACAUGACACAUGCAUUCAUCCAAUGGCAAUGCUCUGAUGGCUCCAUCUUGUUUGAUGCAAAACAAGAAAACGUGUUAUGAUCUGCUUAGUUGCUGUGUAAAGCUCCUGUAGGAUAUAUGGAUUCAAUACAAAGGAGGCACAUGACAAAGUUUACAGUUGUUGGUAUACUGUGCUUCUGAGGUGCUUAAUAAUACUUAUUUUCUGCAGCUCUCACAAAUUAGUGUGUUUUGUAGUUUUGGGAGUGGGGGUAAACAGACUGCAGCUGGUAGGAGUAUGCAGUGGGUUUGACAAGACUGUAACGCAAAGGGUGCUGAUAAAAUAACCAGAGACCACAAAAUUAAUGUCAAAAGGUUUUAAUGUGAAUAUAAAAGAGUAUUUCUUGAAUCAAGAGUAAAACCAUGUUUACAAAUUAGUGCAAUUUCCUCCUCUAUUUCUAUACAGCCCAUUUGCUUUGCACAGGAUCAGACUUGUACACAUCAAAUAGAUUAGACCCCGGCAAGUCUAACAGAAAACCUGAAGUCAGGCCUAUUUAUCCUUACUGAAGAAAAAACAUUGGUAUUGCUUACAAUUAUGUGAAUCCAAGCAAAUGGUUAUUGUAGAAAAGAACAUUUUUUAUUAAUGAACUAAAACUUUUCAUUAAUUCUACUGCAUGUUUUAGUCUGGUCGCGUUCUUACAGAAACUUGUCUAAAUGUAUGCAUGAUUUUUAAAAGUUGGUUAAAUCACAUAUCCCAUAAUUAGCCAUAGUGUCAAUUCAUAAAUUGUUAUACAAACAAAGUGCUUUUACUCUAAUGAAAAUAAACAUGCAAUCAAUACAGGGAACAAAGUGUUUAAGCACCACUUGAGGUUUUUACACAAUCCCCACUGAAAGGAAUGGAGAUUGUGUGGGAGUAGUGAUAGGUUUUGUCAAUGAUUGCCAAACACUGUACAACUUACUAAGCAGUAAUUGCAGCCCAAACCUGAUUAAAAUAUGACUGCAAGGUUUUGCGGGACCAACACUUGGUGAACCAGUUUCUAUGCUACAUUUUUAAUUAAUGAAGAAUUACAGAUGAAGGGUGAUUGCAAGUCUCCAUCAGCUCAAGUAAGUCUGCAUCUGACAUCAAUUAAUAUUACUUUAUUAGAGAGACUGCUUUUUCAGACAUAGUGUGUAUGCAUCAACAUUUUCAUCCCAUCUAAGCACAGCACAUUUUAAGGACUUAACAUAGAUAAGUAACUCCUUUGCAUUAUGUUCAAAUCAAAGAAAUAUUCCACACUAAGGCUGCAAAUAUUCCACACUAAGGCUGCAAUCCUAUACAUACUUACAAGAGUAAGUACCAUUGAACUCAGUGGGGCUUACUUCUGAGUAGACAUGUAUAGUAUUGCCCUGCAAGCAAAACGCAAGAGAGACUAACUCAAUUCAUAGUUAAAUAAAACCAGGAGAAUCAAAAUUCUGAAUUCAAUUGCUGGUGAUCAAAUAGCUGAAUUUUAUUACUCAAAGGAGGUAGUUUAAGUUUAGAAACUAAACACCAAGUAGUCCACCACAAAUUCAGUUGCACACAAUUACUACAUAAAAUUGCUAUGGCUGCAGAUUCACAAGUUUACCUGUGCAAUGAUUGAGCUGCUAUGCCUCCAUGGACACUCAGUGCAAUCCAGUAGCAUGAAAAUAUGCACAUAAAGGGGUUGCCCACACAUUUCCUCUGGCCAAACAGCCAAGCCUAGGAGCUGUGUAUAUAGCCUGUGAAUGGUCAGGUCACAUAGGUGGCAAUGGGCACAAUUUAGCAACAAUUCUACCCAGGAUAGCUGAAAAAUCUCUCUCUCUCUCCUUUUAGAUUAAUCCUUAUGAAGUUCAGCAUUCUGAGAGAUGGCUGCAAAAUGGUAAGUAGUAACAUUUUCUUAAACAAGUUGGGACUAAAAAGAACACAUGGCAGUAAAUAUGCUUCUCUGCCAAAAAAACUCCCCAUCGAGUUCUUCCAUAGAUGUGUAAUUGAAAUCACCGACAUAUCUACUUUGUCUCUUAGUUCGUUAAAGAGCUCAAACUUUCUAAGAUUACAUGGGAUGUGGCCCUCUGCUGACAGAACACUCUUUUUAAUCCAGUAGAUUGUGAGCAGAAAGUGAGGACGGAUGAGAUUUAAGAUUCCCCUCUUCCUUCUGCAAUCCCUCCAGAGGAUUGGGAGGUCCUUUGGACUAGUACUUAAAAGUGGCAUAGGGGACUGAAGGAGGAAUAUGUGGAAAUAAACUUCUGCUCCCAUGUACUCAUAGGAGCUUUCACAAGAUCAAAGGCCCUUCCAUUAGCCAGGGGACAUGACUGGCUUCAGCCCAUGGAAUUUGUAAUUAAAAAUAAUGUUACCACCAUCAUUCUGUUCCAUCUAACAGAGCAGUGAUGGCCAAACUUGGCCCUCCAGCUGUUUUGGGACUACAAUUCCCACCAUCUCUGAUCACUGGUCCUGUUAGCUAGGGAUGAUAGGAGUUGUAGUCCCAAAACAGCUGGAGGGCCAAGUUUGGCCAUCACUGUAAUAGAGCAAUGCCAAACUACCACAAAAACGUAAUCUAAGAUAGAGUACAGCCAUAUUUUUCUGGCUCUUUGACAUGGAGGUAGACAAUACCAAGACACAUAUGCAGCAGAGUUGCAUCACCUAGCAUCCAACUCAGCCGCUCAAGUUAGCUGACACCAAGUCCCAUAGAAAUUAGUCAGUCCUGGCUAUUUAUUUAUUUUUUAAAUUCACUGCUUACAACAGAAUGUACAGCACAAUCUAAACUAUGCCCACUUGGAAUGGCGCUUGGACUGCAGCUUUAGUUGUUACUAACUUGAGCUGGAUUGGGGCCUUGAUGUUGACUUUCCUGUACUAGCAGUAGUUGUCAUACAGAACACACUAUAAAUUAAAGCCACUGAAGAAAAGUAUCCUAUGUAUGUGAAUUGUUAUCUGUGGAGACUACUCACUGCGACUAUAUUUGAUUACAAGAAUAUAGUAUAGUAUCAAAACAUUAAGCAACAUGCUACAAAAUUUGUAUUCACCAUUUCUCCCUACAAAUUCAGACCAGGGAAAAAGCUACCAAAAACACAAGUCAGCAGGUUGAACAGAACGGUAAGAGCUUAAUACCAAGGAGGUAGUCAACAGACAUGAAAUCUUGAAAAACAGCUAGAAGGACUGAAGGCUCAGUCAGUAGCACACUAUAACUUUACAGUGCUGGUAUUAAGUAUAGCACGUCAUUAAAAAACAGAAUUGUUAGACAUUUGUAGUAUCAGUUUCCACAUAAAAGCAUGUAAUACUGUAGUCACAUCAUCAGAUAUUUUAGGCCAGUUUUAAUAAAACGCUAAAAAUUUUAAAGUCUAAGCUGCAGUUAUUGAUUAUGUUAGUCCUCACCCCCCAAAAAACCCUGCAACUCAGAUUACAGACUUCAUUUUAUUUGCAGUAAUGUUCAAGGCUGCAUUACAUUUUAUAAACAUAAUUCUGGCCCAUGUGCAAGUAACUUUUUAAACACAGAGUCCACCUUAAAAAAUAACCAUGCAUUCCACCCUGUGAACAUGCACUUAAGUCUGCUCUUUGUGUCUGGAAUUACUGCUAUCGGCCUAAAUAAUAAUGUGCCUCAAUUUUUAAAAUUACAAAAUGGCUAAUUGCAACACAAAGUGCAAUGGUCUACUUCAUCAGAUGCACAAAGUAAACAGCACACGCAAACAACUGUGAGAAUCUUCCCUACUGCUUUUGUUCUCUGACCUGAUAAUGAUAGUUUUUAAAUGUUAAUAGCAUUUUGGAAGGCUUUAAAAGCAACCCUAGCAGCUUCUUACUAGGUAACCUACUCCAGCGACUCACCGUUCUCUGGAAUAGACUUCAAGCUCUUAUUCUGCAAAAGAUACAGCAACAAAUGAUGUCUACCUAAUGCCAUCAAGUUACUCCCUUGGAGCUCAACCCAGUACCUAGCCGUACCACAAUGGAGGGCUAGACACACAAGUGUCUGGGGCAUCUGCAGCCAAUCCUCAGGAGCAGCAUAGGAUCAGAGCCUUCCUCUCACUGUGCCACAGCUGAACACACUGCAUCCCUGCAUGAGCAGGACAUUACACGACAGAGACAAAAACACACACCACUCAGUAGUCUGGGCUCAAAACCUACUAAGGAAACUUCAGUCAAGGUUAAUUUUGCAACCUUUAAAAAGGCUGUAAUUUUACGUUUUUAUAAAAUAAAGACAUUGCUAGUUGAGUGCAAAUACAUAGACAUUUUGUCUUUCCUGAAUCCUUUUCAUUACAUAAAAUGGCGAUUUAAGGCUGCAGUCCAAACCCUGGCCAGGGGGCAGCAGAACCUAAUGGAGUAGCAGUCCCACUGUUAUAUCUUUAGCCCAGCAGGCAAAGAGCUGUCUCAGCUUGGGGCUGGUGAAGUGAUUAAGUCCUCACCAGGCCCAAUGAUGUCACAUCAAGGCAGUGCAGCUGGCUUGGAUUCCAGUUCCUUCCAGGCCAUCUGGCUCAGGUCCUCCCCACAGCACUCUUUUUCAGGGUUUUCUAUCGACCAGUGACCCCACUGACGACACUCCUAGCUCCCCCCUCCAACCCGCCCCAAAGGGGUGUUUGGACUGCAGCCCCAGUAGUUAUUACAAAACUGAAUGGGAGUUCAAUAAAGCUUGAAUGGACUUCAGCAGAACUACAGCAUUAGGUGGACAGUCCUGAAAUUAGUAAAUCAUUUUGGUUACAAUUUGCUUGCAGUCAAAAAUCCCUCAUGCCAUGAAUGCUGAAAAAUAAUGAUGGAUUUUCUAAUUUGGUCCUUGUUAUUUUUGUAACGUAGCAGAAGGUGCGGGGGUGGGGGAGGGGCGAGGAUUACUUUUCUUUGUGCAGAUGACAGUCAUAAAACUGUACUCCCACUAAAAUCAGUACACAUCCUAGACUAAAACAUUAAAUAGAAUUUUAAAUAGGAUGCCAAUUUUGGUAUUUAUAUAUACAUUAUGAAGACAAAUAAAACUCCUUUUGAGCUGUGCUUAUCGACACAUACCUCAGAUCUGUUUAAAAUCAAGAAAAGUAAUUUGACAUAUGUUGCUUUUUAUAGUCAUCGCUGGCCAAAUCAAAUUUACCAGCCUUAUGGGUCUCAGAUGUAAAAUAGCUGAUGCCCAGCAUCACAAUCACGCUCUUCGUCAGGUAGUUAAAAACAAAAGUUACAAAAUAAGUUAAGGACACUUUAGUGCACGAAUAUCCUCUGUGGUUUAAUCUGAUGUUGCAGGUGGUACUUUAACAGAAAGAUUCCUUCGGGUAUUGGUCACGUGCCGUUGCUGUGCAAGGAAAGAGCGCCCGGGUGUGCAGGGACCAGCGUCUUUGUAGGCAGCAUUCCCACUUAGGAGUCUAGAUUCCAUGCCCAGUUUAUGAAAUGCUAAGCUCUGGAAUGAAGCAAGAUUAAACAUGAUUCCUUGCAUUCCUUCCUGAAAACAGUUAAGAGAUUCUGGCAGCUAUUAUAGCCACUAUUACUCAAAAUUAUUAUUCAUACAUAUACCAUUUUCUGAAAGAAAUCAUACAAAGUAGGACAUUAAAGGUAAAGGUACGCCUGACCUAUAGGCCGAGGGAGUCGGCAUUUGUCCACAGACAGCUUCCGGGUCAUGUGGCCAGCAUUACUAAGCCGCUGCUGGCGAACCAGAGCAGCAUACGGAAAAGCCGUUUACCUUCCCGCCGGAGCGGUACCUAUUUAUCUACUUGCACUUUGACGUGCUUUCGAACUGCUAGGUUGGCUGGUGCAGGGACCGAGCAACGGGAGCUCACCCCGUCGCGGGGAUUCGAACUGCCAACCUUCCGAUCGGCAAGCCCUAGGCUCUGUGGGUUAGACCACAGAGGAGGACAUUGAAAGUAGGUAAUUUCGUAUUUUAAAUUUUGUAGAUUAUAAACCUAAAUUUAAAAUGCAUAUUAUAAAUCUAAAAGGAAACAUUAUGUAUGAUGACUCCACGGGGUUGUACAUGAUGCUGCUGUUCUACUUGCAUGGCAGAUUUCUGCUUGCAUAAUGAAACCUCCCCUGCAGCCCUCACUGCCUGCCCACUCAAAAAUCUUCUCCAAAGGAAGAGAGGAAGGAAAAUCCAAUUGUGUGAGCAGAACCCUGUGCAUGCAGUGCUGGAUUCAACCCACCAUCUUCUCAGAAGUCUGACUGGCUGCAGUGGUACAAUCUACCAAGCUCCCCACCCAUGCUACAGGACAACUUGCAAACAUGUCAGAAAAGUGGGCUGGGGGCCGUUGUUAUAUAGCAUUUAGCACACUGCUGAUGCUAAAUACAUAGUGGUUACAGUACCACUAGAGAUAUGGACCAUCUUCAUUUCUCAACAUAGAAAACAAUCCCUCAUUUCAAUAAAUGGGCAUUUCUGAAAUUUCAAAAUUCAGUAAUUGGUUUCUGACUAUUUUGGCUUCUGAGAAGUAUUAAUACUUACUUUCACAUAUUCACUCUCUCACACAAACAAGACACACUUUAGCUUACCUUGUUGUACCAUGCAGACACAAUUAACUUUUCUUCAUGGUCAUGUAGCCUGGCCAAUUUACAUUCUCCCUACAAAAAAAUUACAAAUUGUUAAGAUAUAGGCAAAGGAAAUUAUAUUGGCCCCAACAUUCAAAGUUAACCAAGUGAUCCAUGUUUACAUAAUUUUGUAAGAUGCUUCAUAAAUCUCAAUGAAUACUGGAGCUUGUAUUGAAUGCUCUGUUCUCUCUAUACUUUCCUACUAUGUAUGGUUAUAAACAAUGGUUUUCGAAAUAACUGUUCUCCUGGCUCUUCUGUAUAGCAGUUCCUGUAAUUAAAUUGGAAACAACAUCCAGAGGAGAUGCUAAAAUUGUUCUUACCUCAAGUGCUUCAAUUCUUUUAUCUUUCUCUGUCAGCUGUUUCCUCAGCAACAUGAUUUCAGCAGAUGCAGGAUUUAAUUUGGGGUCCAACGUUUUUAUCACCUGCAUAAAGAUGAACAUAAAUGAAUUUGGCAAACCUACCUCCUACCCAAUCAAAAUAAUUCAGCAGUAAGAUGUGCAACGCUUCAUUAAAAAAACAAAAGCAGCAGCACAAUGUAUUGUAUCCAACUAAGUUAAGAAACAGACGAGACCCACUAAAAUUAAUGGACCUACGUUAGUCAUGCCAAUUAAUUCCAACAGGUCCGCUCUAACACUGGUUAAAAAUGUCAACCAUAUAAAAGCACGUGUAAGCAUUUUGGUUGAUGUUGCUGAAUGAAAGCCGAAACAACAGAACUAGAAAAGCUGAACACAAAAUAUAGAAUGAAUCCACCUUUAAACAUGAUGGUACAGGUGUACCUUGGAUGCCGAACGCCUUGGUACUCCGAUGUUUUGGCUCCCGAACGCCGCAAACCCGGGAGUGUUCCAGUUUGCAAACGUUCUUUGGAACCUGAAUGUCUGACGUGGGUUCCACGGCUCCAAUUGGCUGCAGGAGCUUCCUGCAGCCAAUCAGAAGCCGAACCUUGGUUUCUGAACCUUUUGGAAGUUGAAUGGACUUCCGGAAUGGAUUCCGUUCGACUUCCGAGGUACAACUGUAGUUAGCACGAGAGAGGGGCUUCCAGUUCCAGAUUUGUAGGGAAAAAAACCUGACAUUUUAGAAAAUACUCACACUUCUUGCUUUUUCCAGGUACAUUUUAUAUCUCUCCUCCAUCGAUUUCAUAUCUUCAUCUUUCUUAUGCAGAGCUGCUUCCAGUUCUUCAAUUUUUUGUGCUGUUUAUCAGAAAACCAAAUGUCAUUAUUAAUGGAGACUGUGUCUUAUCGAAGCCUCAAAUAAUUGAUGAACUUGAGUUGGGAUACAGCAGGCUCCAGAAGGGUUCACUUUAAUUAUUUCUAUCCAUAAUAGGAACAACUAGGAGUUCCAGGCAAGUACCAUCGAACGAUAGCCAAGGAAGUCUGGCUUGUGGCGGCUUUUCUCUCUACUUUCACAUGGAGCUUCAUCAUUGUCCUUCGAGAAGCCCUGUAUGACACCAUCUCAUGGACAGCAACUCAAUCAUUUAAGAUUUAGUUAUCAGAGCAAGAGGAAAAGGACACCAUCUUCCCAUGUACCAGGUACCGUUCUUACAGACUAAUGGAAUAAGAUACCAAGCACGUAGCCUAGCCCAGGCAUGAGGAGAAACUGUAAUAAAACAAUAUUGGUGAUAAAAAUUAACAUUCACAUCAAAUCACUCACCAUUUUGAUUUAGAUCUGGCUGCAGGUCUGCAAGAAGCGCCUCCUUCUUCUGCAAUUCAUCAUGGACUUCACUCAAUUUUUCCCUGUAAGAUUCAAAAUCAAAGAUCAGGCCACAUCAGCAUUUCAUAUUCUCACGAGCCCAAAAUAGCCAGAUAAACUGCUCUAUACCAGCUACAGUCAAACCUCAGUUGUCGAACGUAAUCCAUUCCGGAAGCCCGUUUAGUUUCCGAAAUGUUGCACAACCGAGGUGCAGCGUCCGAUUGGAUGCAAGAGCCUCCUGCACUCAAGGAGAAGCCACGUCGGACGUUUGGCUUCCGAAAAAUGUUCAAAAACCGGAGCAUUUACUUCCGGGUUUUUGGCAUUCGGGAGUUGAGGUUUGGCUGUAUUACUAUAUUUUCAAAAACGAACUGGAAGCAAGAAACACUAACAAAUUAGCUGUAAGGCAAACUAUCCCAAAUCAAAUAUAUAAAUUUUCAGAGCAGACACUUAGGAAACAGAAGAUACUCAAUGGUUUUCUAUGACAAAUACUGUAGGUCUUGUCUACACAAAGAACUGGAAAGCUUUUUUAAAAAAGUAGUGAAGGUUUUAAAAAAAGUUGUUGGUAUAUUCAAACCUGCUUUGGGACAAUAUGCAAUUUAAUUGCUACAGUUCUGAGUGACUACAGAACAUUACAAAUACCAUGCUGGAUAUGGAGUGAUGCAGGGGAAGACAAGUGAAUGAAUGAGAUCAUCAAUCAGGCAGGAGCAUUCGGUGGCGUCCUGGAAACAGGAUCAUAGCUACUGACUGAGACAGUGGGGGCAGGGCAGGCAGGGCAGUGCUGGCAUACCAGCAGAGCCAACCUGGUGCUCCUGCCCCACCCCAAUCUCAUACUGCCCUGCCCCCACACAAUCAUGGUAAGUGGAAGUGACACAACUGCUGGCAGGCCAGUUCCAUAGCACCACCCUACUGGCUCCUCCAACAGGGUUAUGAAGCUGUCUGCUUGCAUCAAGAAUGUAGAGUAUUGCAGGGAGGGCUGAUACGGGUUGGAAUAACUUCUUUAAUGCCCAUGGCAGCAUCCCUCUCCUUCCACAGCAGGGAAGGGACAGAAGACAUGAAUCAACUUGCAUAUAGUCAAAAAGAAUCUCUCAUGCUUUAUGUUUACACACAUCCAGCACACUAAAAUAAAGUAUAUGCUAAUCUUGUAACUUACAUAUGUGCUGCUAUCUUCUGCUUCAGCUUGCUGGACUAUAAAAACAACAAACAUUUAUUAGGUCUUAUCAGUCAUAUACAGGACAGUAAUUUAUUCCCAACAGUAACCAGUUCUAGUAGCUGCAGAUGACACACACAGGUGCUAGUUUAGUGCUUAAUGAUUGCUUCCAACAAUGUAAUGUUGGGAGGCCUCUCUCCAAAGAUGACUUAAGCAAAAGGUGUUUUGUAAUUUUCUUUGUCACUUAUUCUCACCAUCACUCAGGAGGACUAAAGAGAUUGUUUUGCAUGUGAAACUCAGAUUCAAGUUCCCCACCUCCUUUUUCAAAAGCUUUUUCUAAUCAUUUCAGAAUGUUUGCUUUUCAGUUUGUUUUUCCAUUUUACAUGGCUAAAGAUAUGUUUUCAUUGUAAACAGAGCCUUCAGCAACAAAAUCAUGGUGCUAGGACAACAAACAGCAGGAAGCUGUAUUAUGAAAACUAUCCCCAUCUAAGACCUACCCCUUCCCCUUCAGUCUUGGAUUCUUGUUCCUGCAAGGUCUUCUGGAGGUCCUCAAUCUGCUGCUGCAGCUCUCCAACCCGCUCCUUGCUCAGCCUACGGAGAAGCAUUUUUUAAAGAACACAAAUGUUAUAUGUACAUCUAACAAUCCAAUUGCUAAUCGUCAGAAUUCAAGUAUAAGAAAAAAAAGAAGUCAACUUUCUGGCAGAUUUGACAGCUGCUUUGUCCUUUUUAUUUUGCGUUUUUGCACUUAUUCAGUAUUUAUCAUCCACUGCUUGUAUGCUAUAUGUUUGGUUAUGAGUCCUGCACCCAUUCUAUGGUAGGUUUCCCCAAAAAAUCUGUCAACAAACUUUGGGUGGAAGUCAGUGUCAUGCUAGAAGAAUGUUCUGCCUGUGCAAGUACUGCAGCUUGCUAGGCGGAAUGACCCCCAUGGCCUGAGCCAAUUUCAGGAGGCUUAUAGCGGGGAGCAGAGAGGGGAAAGACCAGUCAUGCAAGGGAAAGUCCUGGUGCAGGGCUCCAGCAGACAGGGUUCAUUAGUCAAAUCCUGCCCUUUUAAGUGGGGGGGGGGAGGAUACCUGUUUUCAGUCUCUAAUUCAUUUAUUGUUCGAUGCUUUUGUUCUAGCUUCUCUUGAAGCUCCACAAUUUGUUCAUUUUCUGAUCCCUCUUGUUGCAAGUGGAGCAUCUUGUUUUCAUGCUGUAGCCGGAUGAACAUUUCUCUGAGGUUCAAACACAAAAUUAUAAACAAAGGUGUUUUACAAGAAGUUUAGCUUUUAUCAGUGGCAUUUCCCCCACAAAUAUAUAUAACGAGGCAUUCUACAUUACAAUGUACAAGUAUCAAGUAUGGCUGUAGAACAGGUCAUAUGAUAUUAUUUCAAUUUCACUCCAGUAAAAAAGCCUUGACUCAGAAAUUCAAGGCUGUUAAUACUAUACAGUGGUACCUCAUGUUACGGAUGGGAUCUGUCCUGGAGGCCCGUCCAUAACAUGAAAUGCCCACAGCUCGCGAUAUAGCACUUCUACACAUGUGCAAGCAGCGAAACCCAGAAGUAACACGUUCCGGUACUUCCGGGUUGCCAUGGGACGUAACGCAAAAAGACGCAACUUGAAGUGGAUGCAACACAAAGUAUGACUGUACUUUUACCUAGGAAUAAGUCUGUCUGAAUUCAAUGGCCCUUACUUCUGAGUAAGCAUGCACCAAAUUGCAUUAAGUGGUAGUGAUAGAAUGGUUCAAGUACUGUAGAGCUUUUUAACACUCGCUUCCUGCUUUAAAGCAGCUCCUAAUUAAAAGAAAAGAAAAGUUUGAACACUAAUAUUAAGUUGGAAGGGGUGAAAUCAAAGAAGCAGCUGGGAAGUGGGGCUGGAUAUCUUUUUCUCCAGGAAGGAAAUUUAAAAUGAUAUUGCCUUCUGGAUUUGGGCCCUAGAAGUAAAGUUUCACACUGCAAAAAAAUGUAUGAAGUUGUCCAUAAGAAUCCAGUGGGACUUUCUAUAUUUCAUUACAAGACAAGUUUAGGACAAGUUUAUACAGCGAAUGCAUUAUGAGAUAUGCAAGUUUAAAACAUUCACUUUUUCCAUUUAUGGGAGUAUGUCUUUUCAAUUAUUCAGUCACACAACUGCAUUCCAGCUCUCAUUCUGCAAACAUUCUAGGCUCCUUUCUUACCUAUAUUCCACAGGCAGAAUUUCAGCAGCAAGAUUUUCGUAACUUUUCACAGCAGAUGCAUCUGAAAAGAUAAUAGUAAAGUAAUAAAGCUAUCUAUAGCUUAAAGAAUAACAUGAUUCCACAGGAAGGAAACACAUAUACCCGUUUGGUUCAGGUGAUCCUGCUGCAUCUGUGAACACCUAAGCUCUUCAUUUGUCUCUUUCAGUGCAUCACGCUGAACUAUCAAUCUCUGAAAAUAAAACAAAGUUUAAGAGUGGUAAAUGUGAAAUGCAUUUUUUUCUCUGUCUAUGUUCUAUCUGUUUUCCUCCCGGGGUGUCAAGUGAGGCUCCUGCAAAAUUCCGAAAUGGCUGUCCCCGCCCCAAGUUCCAUGGUGGCCCCGUGAGCAUGCCACAAGUUGUGCUGGCAUCAGGCAUGACACGUCUGCAUUCCCCACAGCUUGCAUGAAUGAACUGCCAUGGAAAAAAUCCUGUAAUGAGUCACUGCGAAUUGGGCAGCUCCCAGUACUGGCACCACCACCAAGGUCUCCCCUGGUGAUCGUAGAGUACAAGAUGGUUGACAUUUUUAAGUACUUUGGGUCCCAAGUAAUUUUGGGCUUUAUAUGCUAGUAUUGUCAUGCUGGCCACAUGACCUGAAAGCUGUACGCCAGCUCCCUCGGCCAAUAAAGCGAGAUGAGCGCCGCAACCCCAGAGUCGGCCACGACUGGACCUAAUGGUCAGGGGUCCCUUUACCUAUGCUAGUAUUAGUACCUUGAAUUAGACCUGGCAGCUCACUGGGAGCCAGUGCAGUGCUUUCAGGACUGGUGAUACAUAGCUUCACUUAGCUCCUCCACUUAUCAGCAUGGCUGCAGCAUUCUACACUAGCAGCAGCCUACUGUCUUCAAGGGCAGCACCAUAGAUAGUGCAUUACAGUACUCCAGACAAGAAGUUGCCGAACAUGGACAAUUGAUGCCAGG